CAACAAAAGAAAGAAAAAAAAACAGAAAAAUAUCAAAAUUACCUGAAAACCCGUAAAGAAUAGUACAAAUCACGCCAUGGGAAACUUGUGUGACUCCUGUUUCGGAAAUCAACGCGAAGAACUCAUCGAAGAUAUUGAUCCCGAAACGAGACGACAACAAGCCUUAGAAGCAGCAGAACGCAGACGACAAGAAACCGAAAACCGAGGGAUAAAAGACCCAGAAAAGGUCAAAAGAAUGGAGGAACGUUCACGAAGAUUGGAACAGAUGGAAAUCGAAGCAGCAAAAAAGGGAAUGGGACAAGCAGAGUUGAGAUGGACUCAAGACUAAAAAAAAUGCCAUGUGGAAAAUCGAACAAUCAUCAAAUAUAAACCAAAGUAACUUUUCUACGUAUAAUUUGUCGCUAAAGGCGAAAAAAAUUUGAUGAAACUCGUAUUUUGACGAUUCUAUCGCAUAUUUUGUAUACUAUUUACUACUUAGUAAAGCGCAUUUGGAUGAAUUGUACUUGAAUGACUAUCCUAAAAAAUUUUAUUUUACAUUUUUAUUUAAUAUUAUUAUGAGAGUUUUGAAAUUUUAUGCUAUGGAAAUA